CGGCACCUUCCCUCGGCCGCGCUCGUGCUCCGGGUGCAGCUGUACGGAGAGCGGCAGCGACUGGCCGUGCCCAGCCUGCCCCCCCCCCCCCGGCGCCUGGGGCUGGGCUCGGCUCGGCUGGCCCCCGAAGCGUGCAGAGCUCUGGGGCAGGGCUUUGCAGAGCGCCAUUCACACGCCACCAGAACCCGGCAUUACCCUAUUAAUAAGAUCAUCCAGCUACUUGCAGGAAAGCAUCCCACAUGGCGGAGAGUUGUUCUUGGCUAUUGCUGUUAAGUUUCUUACUUCUGUUCAUAUUCAAGUGACAGGAUCAGAGAACUAGCAAGACCAAAGAAGCCUAAAGCAGCUUGGGAGAACUAUAGUAGUAGGUUAGAAUGGGGAAACCAGCAGACAAUUUGGCCCCUCUCCCUGAGUGCUUUGAUGGCUCAGCCAACGCCAAGAAUUAUGUCUCUGGCCAAACCCAAGAAAAUUUUCGAUGGUAACCUUCAGCGCAGGCACCUCUUCCUGUACAGCUGUGGCCGGAUGUCAGAGAUCUGGCAGCGCCCACCGUUGAUGGAUUUUGGUUUACCGUCGCCUCGAAUAUUGAAGUUGGCAGAACCUAAAAAAUACCAAACAGUGUACUUAAAACAAAGGCCUCGUAGUUCUCCGGUGUGGCCCGUGCCAACAGCUGCGCUCACCUGUGAGGCUUCCCAGCGGGUUCAAGAACUUGCCUGUCCGAAAUCAGUGCAUCCAGGCUUCGAGCUAGACAGAAAGGUUGAAACACAAAUUGCAGACACUGCAAGGAUGACUCUCACCCCUCCAAGAACACAACAUCUUGCCCAGCCGAAGAUUCAGAAGAAUACUUUGUGCUACGACCGGGGAAGUCCCGAGUCCGCGAUCCGCCCAGUAUCCAGGGCUGCCCAGCAAGCAGUAGCAAGUGUUCGGACACUAGAGUUGGCUAAAGCAAAAGAGGUGCCACACGAGUAUCUGCCUGCCCGUGAUACCGAAUGGCCAGUGACAAAGGCAGCAAAGCAUGCAGUGCCUACGCCUAGGAUUGAGGAACUGUCCCAGCCGUGCAAAAGGUACGUGCUCACCAGAUGGGGCUUGCUAAAGGGAGAGGGGAAAGGUUGCUCAGCUGUGCAGAGAGCACGUUUCUUUGUCAUCGUUCCUGUGUCUCACCAGCUGGUUCUAUGGCCGUUUCGCUCAGAAUGCGGAAAUGGAUUAAGCAGAACUAGUUCUUGUAGGAACCCAAAAGCUAGUUGUGCUGUUAAACAGCUGCCAUUCCACCCCAGAGAUGUUUGCAUGUUACUAUUGGAAGAAGCGACUCGUGAAUGUAUAUUAGACUGUAUAUACAGUUUGAAAAGUGCUUUGAAAUUUUUUGAGAUGGCAGCGCUGGGAAAACCACUCUGAGUUACUGAUUUUAGCACAUUACUUAGUAAAUACGGUAAGAAAAGUAAGGCUAAUGUAUCAUACAAUGCUCUUUGUUCAUUUAUGUUGUCAAUCUUAGUGUAGCCUUUGUCAGGCUGUCUGGAGUGGCUCACAACUGUGAGUGCCUAUCUCAGAGCAGACUGUCAGAAAAGAAGGGCAGAUGCCCCAAACUCGUGGUGUGUUCGAUUAUUAGAUUUUUACCAAGCCAGUAACAAAUGUGAAUGCCUGGAUCACGAUACUUGGAGUCACAGACAGUCCCCUUAGACUCUCCAGCCCAUCUUGCCACCCAGACAAACUGCACUUUGUGAUAAAAAGUUAUAGAAACCAAAAGUCACAUCACAUUAGGUUACUCCCAAUCCCGAAGUCACUUACCCCAAAUGAAUUGGUAGUCUGGAUCUUAUGCCAAGAACAACACUUAUAGCCAGUUCUCUAGUAAACUAACUAAAGGUUUAUUAGCUAAGAAAAAGAAAUGAGAGUUAUUGAGAGGUUAAAGCAGGUAAAACAUAUUAACAGGUGAGUCAAAGUUUGUAAGUCCAAAUGUUAGCAGAGAUGGAGUAAUCUGCCAGUCUCCAAAAGACUUUCAGGGUUACCCAGGAGAACUCUGGGGAUCUCUGUCCAUUCACUCAGUAUUUCCACCCUGUGGGAAUCCAGACAGUCCAGAGAUGCAGGAUCAUUCCAUGAACCCAUAUUUAUAGCUUUCCCCCACAGGAGGCAAUCUGAUAAGUGUCUUUAUUCCUCCAUGAUCUCUGGCUUUGAAAUUAGCAUUUUCUGUUACAGCCAUUAAGUCUUUCAUUAGCAUUUCCAAGAUUCCAUUUUUGUUUGAUGAGUUUAGUCACAGGGAUAUACAUAAUUUAAAAGGUAAGGUAAUAGCAAACAACAAUCCUUCAUUAGUUUUCAUGAAGUUUUAACACCUGAUUACAAUCUUACAUGAACACACCUUUGAUUACAGGGUAUACAUAAUGUAGAAGUAAUGUAAUAGCAAACUAUGGGAUAUAGACAGAUGAAAACAAUAUAAUCAACAUCUUUGAUAUUCACAUACAAGUGAAUUGCCUUGAGAAUCUGGCAUGCACUGGCACCUGGCCUGUCAGCAUCACAGCCUUAAUUAUCGGUGGCAAUAUAUCAGCAUGUACUACGAAAUGUUCUGUGAUAUAUUUUGCAAAAAUAAUGAAAUUUUAGUACUAUGGGACGUCUCAAUGACGUCUGCUAUUAAAUCUUGGCUGAGAGAUAUGGAGAGGUCAUCAGUGAUUUGUGCAGAGUGUAAGAGGUGCAGUUGGAAGUUCUGAAAACAUAAGCUCUUAUUGUUAGUAGCUAUAGAUUCAGAACUUAAGCUCCAGUUGUUAAAACUGAGGGAGUCUUCAGAAAUCACGUUGCCACUCCUAACCCAUUCUUCUUCUGUGUUUUCACGGUUUCAGGCCCACUGCAAACCUUGCUCAGUUUGAUCCAGAUGCCUUUUUUGUAAAGGAGUCUGCUAAGAAGGCAGUUUGCUCCAGCAGGCUUCAAAAACUAGCACACCCUAUUGAGCGCUGAACCC